AGUCCGGCUGGAAAAAACAACAACGAAAAUAGGAAAUCAAAAGACAAGGUUAGCGGUGCUUUUUUUCUCAAAGCAGAUUACGCUACACCACACGCAUAUACACAAGCCUGCUCACGAAACCGGUUGCUCUCGUAACAUCAAUAUUUAUUUUUUUGCUAUUUGUGUCUUUCCUUUUACUAUCCUCUCUUCCGGGGAGACUCUCCCGAGUCCUCAAGGUUUUCUUUUUUCCUUUGUUGAUGUUACCCCUAUCAAACGCAAUCGAUCAAAUUGUGUUACUUAUAAUCUCUUUAGUGUAGUUUUCUGAGAUUCAAUACAUACCUAAGCUGCGCGCUGCAGCGAGCCGCAACGAACCGACUCACAGCAAGUCAUCAUCACUCAUCGAAGGCGUUCGUUGUUUCUUCUUGUGUGCUUCGUCUCUUGUUUUUCCCCGUCUCACCUUCACAUCGCCUUCGUUUAUCCGUCUUUGUGUUUCUCUUUCGUUUUUUUUUUUUACUGAUCUUCUUUUUCUUUUUUUUCAUCAGUGCGUUUCGGCGCUCCGACCGACAAGUUGACUUCUCAUUGGCCUCCCCCCUCCUCCUCUUCCCCUAUAAGAGACAUCGAGAGACGCACUCGCACCCAUCGAGGAAAUGUUUGGCCACGCAAAGAGUCCGUCGCCGGCGAGCAGCAACUACGACUUCUCCCUCCGCUUUGAGCGGGUGAGGCUCUUCGCGAAGGUGUUGAAGCACUUCGAUACGAACAUCUCUCGCACCGUUCAGGCAAUGCGAGAAAUGGCCGGCAGCCUCUCCCUCGUCGGCCAGAGCUACCACGAGGUGGCGCAGUGCGUGAACAACACGAACCCGCACAGCGCCAUGAACCGAGCCUACCCCAUCUGGAGCUCGACCAUGAACAGCAACCGUGUGGUGGAGAGCUACGGUGCCGACCUGCAGGGCACCGCUACGGUGUUUUCCGGCGAGAUGAAACGCCUGCGCGAGGGGGAACACUACGUGGCGUUCAACGGGAGCGUGCACCAGUCGGUGCUGGCGCGUCUGCACGACGUGAUGUCGCGGGCAAAGAAGACCGUCGAGUUGGGCGAGGGCGUCGCGUGUGCGCUGCGGAAGUCCGUCGCGGCGAAGAAAAUUGUCCAGAAGAAAGAGGCGAAGUACGUCCGGUUGGGGAAGCCGCUGACGGCGAGUAAGCGGCACGCGAAGCAGGCCGCAGCGGCGCGGCAGCGAGAGCAGGCCUACGAUGCGAAGCUGCGCGCCUUCGACGCGGAGUACGAGGACCUGAUGCAGCGUCAGCUCUAUGUGGCGGGGCACAGCAUGGACGACUUCCUCGACGCCAACGCGGUGUACUUGGCGCAGAUCUUGAACGUCGUCAGCUGCCUGGCGCCACACGGAGCGGAGGCGGUGGCGGACAUGGUGAACGCCUCGCAGGACCUCGGCAGCCGACUGGGGAUUGCCCCGGCCGACCAGGUGGCGAACCGGCUGCGUUCUCGCAACGCCAGCACCCCGCUCGACAAGGCCCUCAAGGACGUCACGCCAAUGCGGAGUACGCCCAGCAAAUCGCCAGGGUCCCACGCCCACCAGCGGAACACUGGCGCCUCGCACAACUUCACGAGCUAUUACUCCAACCGGAGAAAUCGCGGUCCGUCGGCGGAGCAGGCCCCGCCAACGGCACGGGCGCUGGACGACGAUGAUGCUGCUGCUGCUGCUGCGGUUGCUGCGUCGAUGAGCUGCUGGUCCACGCCCGGUACACCGCAGAGGCGGCUGCUUUCUUCCCGUUCGCCACAGGGCCGCCUGGCUGGGCUGAUCGAGCCGGACCCGACCCCGCCGCCUCCCUGUCCGAAUCCCAUGGCAUGGCUCCCCGGCGGGCCGGGUACGUCGGUCGUGCGAUCGGCUGCCGGCGCGACGGGAAGCGGCACGGAGUCGAUGCCGGUGGUGCCGCGGUUCGACAGGGCCGUGAUCCAGAAGCCGACGAAGGGGGUUGCGGCUGCCUCAGCAGCGUCGAACCCCUUUGCCGGAGCCAAAGGCGGACCCCUCGCACGAGCACCAGCAGCGACGGCGCUCGUGGAGAAAAGUGUGACGCUGAGCCCCGGGCGCGCCCCCUUCGGCGAGGGCAACACGCCGGCCUUCCAGCAAAGCGGGCAUCGUUCCGCAUCACCUGCGACUGCAGCCCCAGCGACGGCAGUGACGGAGGCCCGCAGCCCUUCCGGUGCGGUGACCGUGGCGCCCACAAGCCACCACAGCCACAAUGAUCGUUGUGCUGAUGUCCUGGUGUCUCAGGCGGCUCAGCUUCGCCUCGCUUGUGCGCGCUCGACGGAGCCCUUCGACAACGGCGAUUGCGACGGCGGCGGCGUGACAGGCGUUGUCAGCUACACCGCCCGGUCCUCCCUCCAGCCCGUGAAUUUGAUGGCGGCAAUGGAGGCGGAGGCGGACAGGCCCAGCGAGGUGCAGCGGAAGUGGCAGCAGCAGCAGCAGCAGCACGUGAACCCCGCCGCGUUGAAGAGCAGCGGCCCCGCAGACCGCCAGCCGAAGCCGCGAUCGCAGAAACCGUCCCGCAACACGACACGCCGGUCAACGACACUACCGGCCAAUCUCACACCUCCAUCACCUAUUGCUGCUGCGAACUCCCGAGCAGCGCCGUUGAUGGCCUCUGCCCCACCUCCCGAUGACGCCACGCUCUCCUCCAGCACCAACUCACACGUCCACGGCGACUCCAACGCGAACAGCUUCCAGGCGACCCUCUCUUCUGACAACGGGCAGAGCAACGCCGCGAUGGCCAGCCAUGGCUAUCCGUUAUGCCUGACCACACCGGCGGCUUUAAAGUCGUACUCGAACGGCGAUGGGUGGGAGUCGGAGACGGGUGGCGUGUCCGGGCGGUCGCACGCGCUGUCAACGAGUUACGCGUUGGACAGCCCAGCCUACGCGCCGCAUCUGCGCGGGAUGGAGGCGCAGAGCUGGGAGGACAGCCACGUGCGCCUGUGCAAGCCUGCUUGA